AUGUUCUCUCAUGUGCUUAGAUCCAAAGUUCUUGUGGAUGUCCCUCUGAAUCAGUCGGUUAACAUUUGUCAUUUUCAAUACGCUGAUGAUCUUCUCAUCUUUUCGGCUGAUGGACAAGAUGAUCUUCACAUUAUCAAACUUAUACUCUACCUUUUCGAGGGGUCAUCUGGCUUGUCCAUUAACUUUUCGAAAAGCUGGUUAUAUUCUACAAACUUUGGAUUCCAACCUCAUCAAUCCUCAGCCAGAAACCUAAACUGUUCCAGAAACUGCCUUCCUAUCACUUACUUAGGGAUUCCACUUUCUGGUCGACGUCCAAAACGUUCUGACUGGGUUAAGCUUACUAGUAUGGUUUGCUCCAGACUCUCACCUUGGAAAGCAAAAUACUUAUCCCUUGGGGGUCGUCUUACCCUCAUCAACUCUGUUCUUUCCAUUGUCCCAGUCUACUGGAUAUCGGUUUUCAAACUUCCUAAUUGGGUAAUCAAAGAAAUUGAUAAAAUUCGAAGAGACUUCCUUUGCAAAGGUCCUGACCUGGGUCCUAAAGGAAUCAGAUUAAUUGCUUGGGACAGGAUCACUAUACCUUGA